AUGACCUCCACCCCAAGGCAGCACAGCCGGAACCCUUCCAUCCCCGCGCACGUAGUUCUCUCAGACCCCACCGAGCUCGACCUUUCACCCUCCAAAGCCCGAGCAUACCACGCCACCACCCACGCCUGGACCCAGGUGUCGAAUUGGCUUACCCAGGUCCUCCCUUCCGGCCGCCUCCCGCCUUUCGAACAAAAUGUCGAAACUCUCGCGUACCUGCAGAGCCUGAUGCAUGCCAACCGAGCGGCAGACAAGGAGCGGCAGCUUCUGUUCGAGGCGCAGGAGGCGCAGGUGAAGAUUUACCAAGAGCACGCGGAGGCGGCGAAGGGAAGUCAGGGUGCAGCCCUAAUGGGGGAUUUGGCUGGUGCGUUGGGGUCGGAAGGGGAGGACGUGCUUAGCUCACUUGCUGAAGCGACAAUCCGGUUGAACCACCUCCCACCCGAGCCGGACUCGGCAUCGCCAGGCGGCUCUCCGGAGACCGAGUUGGGACAGAGGAUGCUGGGCCUCACUCUUUCAAUCUUUGAGCUGGAGCAGGAGCUCGCCUCUUUGUCUGAGCUGCGAUCAUCGCUUGAGGCUCAGACCUCGACAGCUGUCCCCACGGCUGCUGAAGAUGAGGAUGCGCAAAACUCAAUUGUAAACUUAAGGCAGCAGACCUCUCAGCUUACGGCCCAGACUAAGCAUCUGUCGCUGAAGAUUGCCGAAUAUCAGGACCGGAUAGCAGCUCUCUCGAGAGCGGAUGGAUACCAAGGCAUUGACAUGAAUGAAGUCAAGCAGACCGAGAAAGAAGUGGCUGCCCAAAGAGUUGUUGUUCGAAAACUGGAAGAGCGCCUAAAGGAGUACCACGGGCUCCCACCUGAUCUGGAGGCAAGCCGUGCGGAGGUGAGGCGGGCACAGGGUGAGCUAGAGAGGUGGAAGAGAAAGAGGGAGGAGGUAUUUGAGGGGAUUGGGGGACUUUGA